GUGAAGGAUGCAAGCCCUGCCCGGUGCUGCUCCUGCACCUUCGGCCUCCUGAGCCAGCCCGCUCCUGCCUACCCAGUUGCCCACCCAGCCGCCCGACCCCAUGGCGCAAGCUUGGGGCGUCCUGACGGCCCUGCUGGGCCUGAGCCUGGGGCUGCCCCUGAGGCUGACAGGGGCCUGGGCCUCGGACUGCGAGUCCCUAGGCUCCGUGGAGCGCCUGGCGUUCUCCCCGGCGUCCAGGUCCCGAUGGCUGGCCCCUCGUGUCCGCGCGCCUGGGCCCUUGGACUCGCUCUAUGGCACAGUGCGCAGCUUCCUCUCCGUGGUGCAGCUCAACCCCUUUCCGGCCGAGUUGGUAAAGGCCCUGCUGAACGAUUCGGCCUCCUGGAAGGUAGAUGAGGUGGUGCGGUACCAGGCUGGCUACUUGGUGUGCGCCGUGGUAGCGGCCCUCUACCUUCUGGGCGUGCCCAUCACUGGGCUCUGCUUCUGCUGUUGCCGCUGCCGCCGGCGCUGUGGCGGCCGCCUGAAGACAGAGCACAAGGCGAUGGCCUGUGAGCGAGGCACCCUCAUGGCCUUCCUGCUGUUGAUCACCCUCGUGCUGCUCAUCGGCCUGGUCUGUGCCUUUGUCACCAACCAGCGUGUGCACGAGGAGACGCGUCCCAGCCUUGAGGCCGUGCCUGAGACGCUGCGCAGCCUCCAGGGCCUGGUCUCUGAUGUCCCCCAGGAGCUGCAGGCAGUGUCGCAACAGUUCUCCCUGCCCCAGGAGCGAGUCUUGCAGGAACUCGAUGACGUGGGCGUGAGAAUCGGGAACACCAUCCACACCCAGCUCAGGAGCACCGUGUAUCCGGCGCUGGCCUCCGUGCUCAGCUUAGGCCAGGCCCUGCAGGUCACUGUGCACCACCUACAAGUCCUGAACGCCACCUCCUGGGGGCUGCAGAAGGGCCAGGAGCAGCUGGAGCCCCAGCUGGCAGAGCGCCGGGGGUACCUCCAGAUGCUGCUGCAGAGCCCUGGCUGCCAGGGCUGCUCUGGGGCCGAGAGCAGGGCCCGUGCCUUGGAGCUGGGGGCUGACUUCACACAGGUGCCCCCUGUGGACAAGGUCCUGCAUCGACUAAAGGGUGUCCCUGAGGCCAACUUCUCCAGCAUGGUCCAGGAGGAUAACAACACCUUCAACACCCUCCCGCUCCUGGCUGCCCUGCAGACGGCCCAGGUAGUCAAAGAAAUAAAAGAGACAGUGGCUCAGGACCCCCAGGGCGUGAGGACGCUGGCCCAGGAGUUCCCAGGCUGGGACACGGCCUCCCACUGGAGCCAGACUCUGGAGGAUGUGGAGCGGAGGAGCCGCCCCUACCUGCAGGAGGUGCAGCGAUACGAGAGAUACAGGUGGAUCGUGGGCUGUGUGCUAUGCUCCAUGGUCCUGCUUGUGGUGGUCUGUAACCUGCUGGGCCUCUGCCUGGGCAUCUGGGGCCUGUCUGCCAGGGAGGACCCCAGCCACUCGGAGGCCAAGGGCGAGGCUGGAGCCCGCUUCCUCAUGAUGGGUGUGGGCUUCAGCUUCCUCUUUGCGGCACCCCUCAUCCUCCUUGUCUUCGCCACCUUCCUGGUGGGUGGCAACGUGCAGACGCUGGUGUGCAGCAGCUGGGAGAGCGGGGAGCUGUAUGAGUUUGUAGACACCCCGGGGAACCUGCCCCCGUCCAUGAACCUGACUCACCUUCUUGGCCUGAGGAGGAACAUCAGCAUUCUCAGGGCCUACCAGGAGUGCAAAGAAGGGGCCGCUCUCUGGAGCGUCCUGCGGCUCAAUGAUUCCUAUGACCUAGAGAAGCAUCUGGACAUUAGCCAGUACAUCACCAAGCUGGAGGAGGACAUGCAGAGCCUCACGGUGGAUGUGCAGGACCUGGACGUGCUGAGCCCCGCCGCCCGCCGGGACCUGGAGGCCCUGCAGGACAGCGGGUUCGAGAAGAUCAACUACCCAGCCUUUCUCACUCAGACCCAGAAGCCGGUGGUGAAAACAGACAUGGCGAAGCUGGCCCAGGAGCUGGAAGCCGUGGCCCAGGCCCAGAGUGACGCGGCCCUGCAGCUGCAGCUGCAGGAUGAAGCCCGAGCGCUCAGACGCCUCCAUAAGGAGGUUGCCUUCCCCCAGCAGGCUCUUGUGGCUGAGCUCAACUACAGUGUCAUAGCUCUGAUGUCCUCCGCCCCACAUCUCCAGGCAGAGACUUCCGACGUUCUGGAAAAGGCCACUUACUUGAAAGGGGAACUUCCAGCCUGGGCCACCCGUAUCCUGAGGAAUGAGAGUGAUUGCUACCUGAGCCGGGAGGUGAACUACUUCUCCCAGUACGUGAACUGGGUGCGAAAGGAGGUGACUCAGCAUAUCGCCACCUGCCAGCCCCUAUCCGGAGCCAUGGACAAUGGCCGUGUGAUUCUGUGUGACAUGAUUACGGCCCCCUGGAAUGCCUUCUGGUUCUGCCUGGCUUGGUGCACCUUCUUCCUGAUCCCGAGCAUCAUCUUUGCUGUCAAGACCGCCAAGUACUUCCGCCCCAUCCGGAAACGUCUCAGUUCCACCAGCUCAGAGGAGACCCAGCUCUUCCACAUUCCCCGAGUCACCUCCCUGAAGUUGUAGCUCGUGCCACGGGGCUCCCUUGGUAACCUGCAGCAGGGAUGUUUGCUAACCACAGCGAUGGCCCUGGGACUACCUGCCCCUUGACUCAGCCUAACCCUGGAGGUUUCUGCAGCCCCCCAGAGCCCAGACUGCCCCUGACCCCUGCAGGGAUUGUUCUCCUCCGAUUUCCCCUGGUCCCUAUCCCCCCCUUUCUACUCCUGCCCCCGCCCUCUAUUCAUGCUCAGAAACUAAGCCAACAGGUUGUUUGUCCUCACUUCCCUUUGCGGCAGUAUAGCCAGCCAGGCAGAACCUGUUUCCAAGGACGCCUUCCCCAGGCCUUUGGGCGGAAGACACCCAGUUCAGCCUGGUUCAUCAACCUUUGUCCCUUCCGCUGGCCCAUGCCGCCCCUGCUCCUCUCCAAGCCCUGUGCAACCUAGUCUUUAUAAGUUGUCUCCCCACC